AUGGAGGAAGAGCGCCUGUGGAAGUUUCACUUGCCGCCUUGGGUCUCGGGGAUCGCGGCGCGCAACGCCGGCGUGUAUCUGUCGGGAGCUCUGUUCUCUCUCGCCUUUUAUGUCCUCCUGGACGCGGCCGUGUGGUCCAAGUCGACGGCCAACGGGUCUAAUGUGCACGUCACGUUUGUCGACUGGCUGCCGCUGAUCUGCAGCAGCCUGGGCAUGCUGAUCAUUAACUGCGUCGAAAAAUCCCGGCUGUCGUCGGACAGCUUUGGCUAUGCCGGCAUCGGCGGCGGCGGCGGCGGCGGCGGCAGCAGCGUGGCCUGGCAGGCCCGCGUGGUGCUGUUUCUCGGCUUCGCCAGCCUGGCCGGUGGCAUGGCUGGCGGCGUCUGCAUCUUCGUGCUCAAGUUUGUCGUGCCCAAGGUGGCGAUGCCGAUGUUGUCGAUGGGCGUCGAGAACGUGGUGGCCAACGGGCUGAUAGGACUGAGCUCCGUCAUUCUCUGGAUCAGCCAGAACAUGGAGGAUGAGUACGCGUACAAUCUCGCUCUCUAA